AUGUUCACUGUACAACUGUUGUUUCUUUCCUUUUCAGCUACUAGACCAAUAGUUCCUCCAGAAAUUUUCCUGUAUGCUCCAGCUUGUAAUGAAAUGCCACAGUUAAACAAAACAACACUUGCAUGCAUGGUUUUAAAUUCCCAAAAAGGCGCCGUUAUUAAAUGGAAUUCAGGCAGUCAUACUUCAUUUUCCGAAACCAGAAUUGAAGCAACAUCCACCUUUGGGAGCCACAUUGAAAUUCUCCAAAAAGAUUGGCUGAAAAACAAGUAUUCAUGCAGUGUGUCCCAUGCAUCAUUGAAAAAAUCAGUCACGAAGGAAAUAAGCUUUUGUUCAGUUUGUUACAGUCAGGAGCCCACCAUUAUGGUAAAAGGUCCUAUCAGAAGCGAGUCUGCCAAGUCUAACGACAAACAUUUCAAAUGCAUUAUAAAUGGUACUUACACUGGCAACGUGUUUUGGAAAUUUGGUGGAAAGGAAAUUUCCAGUCAAAAAAAUGAGACGACUGUCAAUGGCAUUGUUAGCCAUCUGAUGCUGUCUGCUUCUGAAUGGGAAACAGCAAAAGAAAUCAACUGCUCGAUAACUGAUAUAUGUUUAUCGGGGAAAUACAGCUCAACUGGCAUUGAAGCUUCUUUAACAAUUAGGGACCCAAGUGUCACUCUCACAGUCAAACCUAACCAAACACAGACUGUUCUUCAAUGUAAAGCUUCUGGUUUCAAAACCAAGGAUAUCAAGUUUAAACGCCUUAAGGAUAGUGACAGUAAAGAAUAUGGAGAAAAAACAAAUCAACCUCAAAUAGAAGAAGAAGAUGGCCUGUUUUCACAGACUGUUGAAUUCCACAACGUUAACACCGAGUGGAAUAAAGGAGUUUUCUUGCUAUGUGAAGCAAACAAAAUCAAGAGCAGCAAAAUCAGUAAAUGCACAGAUGACACCAGACAAAAGGUGAAGCAAGUGGUAUACCUUGAUGGUCCAAACUUUGAGGAACCACCAAACAAGUUAACUGCAACCUGUUCAGUAGUUGGUCCCAACUUAGAUGGUGUAGUCAUUUCAUGGACGGUGGGUUCUGCUGAUCGCACUCCACUUAAAACUGUGAAUCCAAUAGAUAAUGGUAAUGGAACACAAACUGUUUGGAGCAAAUUGGAUAUUUCAGAGGACUGGAAGCAGGGCAAUGAAAUUGUCUGUCAUGUGAGCGAUGCAUGUAGUUUGAAAGAAACCAAGAAAAUGAAAAAAGUAUCCAACAUAAAUGAACCAAUACUGAAAAUCAUGAGGCCUCCUGAAUAUGAUCUGACUGAGGGCAAAGCUGAUUUGAUCUGCAUAAUUACAAAUUUUUUCCCCAGCGAUAUUAGCGUCAAAUGGAUAAAGAACCAAACAGAUGUUUCCAAUACACAGUUUGUCAAUGAUUGUCCUGUCCAAAAUGGAAGUGUCUUUUCAAUGGUCAGUAGGCUCAAAAUCAAUGAAGAAGACCUGAAGACUGCAGCAUCAUUCACUUGUAUGGUCAAUCAUUAUUAUUCAAAUGAGUGGAAGAGAGUUGAUUCUCCUUCAAAUCUUUUUGCAUCGUUCAAAAAUGUGGAACCAAAAAUUAUUCUUGUAGCUUCCAAAAGUGAAGGUACUUCAGAAGAAAGAAGACUCCUGUGCAUGGUCUCUGAAUUUAGCCCCAAAGACAUGACUAUCAAGUGGUAUAAAGAUGACCAGACUGAAGAUAAGGGGGUGACGACCUUCAAGCAGACAAUGAGUCAAGAUGGGCUCUUCAAUCAGAUUAGCCAGCUCAUAGUUAAAGACACUGAAUGGAAGAUGGGACACGAGUACAGGUGUGAAGCAAAAGGGAAAUUGGGGAAACCCGUGAGUAAGAGCAUCAGUAAAUGCACAGAUUUAAGAAACUCAUCUCUGAACACUGUGGUUCACCUUGUUCGGCCUUCAAUUGAAGAUGAUUUCCAUAACAAAAGCUUAAAUGCAACUUGUAUGAUAUAUGGCCCUGACCUGGGAGGUAUCACUGUUACCUGGAAGGUUAACAAAAUAGUAAAAAUGGGAAAAACAAAGACAUCAGACACUUUUGAGAAUGGUACAGAGGUCACCACAUCCAUACUGGAAAAGAUUGAAGAUGCCUGGAAGAAGUUUGAAACAAUUAUCUGUGAAGUUAAACUCCCAUGUAAUGAGAAACAAAUACAUGAAGUGAGCAAAGUUAAAGUUCCCAAGAAGCCAAAGAUUACAAUUUUUGAGCCUUCAGAGGCAGAACUGUCCCGCUCCAGUCAUGUUAAUUUAGUCUGCUUAAUUAACAGUUUUUACCCACCUGAUAUCUUUGUUCAAUGGAAAUGGAACAAUUCCUUAAUCAGUUCCAGCAAUUACUCCAACAGUGAGGUUACGGCUGUUGAGAAUAUGGAUGGAAGUGUGACAUACAGCAUGUACAGCAAACUUCAAGUUGAGAAAACACAUUGGGGUGUGGGCUCCUGUUCUUGCAUAGUAGGACAUGAGUCUGAGAACCAGCUGAUUUCUGAAACUAUAACAAAUGUGUUUGAACCUAUCAUCCCAACUCGUCCUCGAGCUGUUAUAUUUCAAUCUGAGACAGAGCUCAUUUGCUUGGUUUAUGGCUUCAGCCCAAAAGAUAUUCAAGUUAAAUGGAGUUUAAAGAAAGGCGAUAGCCUCAAUUACACCACAGAGCAUCCAUCAAAAGGAAAAGAUGGAAAAUUCACUACUAACUCUAGAAUCCAAUUCUCGGAGAAUGAAUGGCUUCCUGGUAUGGUUUAUACUUGCUCAGUGGUCCAUAACUCCACAAAUACAAACCUCUCAGUGAAUAUAUCUAAACAAGAAAUUGUAAAAGAGGAAUACUUCUAUGAUGAAAGCACCAUUUAUAUUGUUCCUGAAGAUGAUUUGCAAGGAAUCUGGAACACUGCAUGUACAUUUAUAAUACUGUUCCUUGUUUCUUUUCUCUAUAGUGCAUUUCUCACAGUUAUAAAGAUUAGUAAAUGAAGGCCUCCGUAGGAAAUAUACACAAAGGAAAAAUAAUCUAAGAUUAUAAUAGUGAAUUGGAAAUGGAAGAGAAUUUUCAAAUUAAAUGAGUCCUAAAUUGAACACAAGCUUUCCAUAAAGAGUGUAACAAAAACAUGAAAAACAUGCAAAAUGCAAAACCUUUUUUGGACUUUGUAGGCUUUUCCCACUCUGUUAUAUUUUUAUUCAGGCAGGGAAACUUCAUUUAUUGUGAUAUGUAACAUAGACACUUUUUUAAUGUUCAAUGUUUCAUUUAUUAUUAUAUCCUUGUCAAAUCAUAAUUCAUAGUCAUACAUUAAUAGUUAUCUAUUUGUAUAUAAAAUAUUGAAAAAAGCAUACAUCCAGUAUGAUAUUUUACAAGCUGUAAAUGUGUGUAAACCCAUUUUCUUUAUUAAGUGUUCUAGCUUUGUAUUUUAUCAAAAUUUACUCCAGAUGCACUGUAGAAAAUAUUUUGUGCAUUGUAAAGCAUGUUUAAUAAUAUUAUCUGAUUGAUUUCAGCUAUUAGUGUGGAUUGCAAAAAGUUAUCUUUUGUAAUCUGUAACUUUAAUUAAAGGUUUUG